AUCUUGUUACUCCUCUCUCUCACUUGUUAUUCUCUCUCUAGCCUGUGGCAUGCUCUCUCCUAGAACCAGUUUUCAACAGUUUGUUUGGAUAUAAAGACUCUCUCUCUGCCAUUUCUUCAUUUUGAGGCCAUUUCCCUUGUUAGGGGCUUAGGGCUCUGAACCAUAUCUCGGUGACACUAUGCUCGCUUCACCUUCACGUCUCUCGGGCGUGAGCAGUUUCAUAGCUCUGAACACUGAUAUGAGAUUUAGGGUCUCUUUGCUCAGUUGGAGCUGAACCUUUGGCAUUGAAGCUCUCUGAUGCGGGAGAAACCGGCUCUCUUUGCUGAGAGAGCCUUUUGUGAGGUAUCUUCCCUGGUUUCUAGGGUUUGCAUCUGGUGAAUCACAGGGAUUUCCAGUUAUUGGCCAUUAAACAGCAUUUGCAGUGGUUACCUUUGAAUCAUAGCUCAAAAUAAGAGAUUUUUGCUUGAUGCAACGAGUUUUGGUGUUAUUUAGUCAAAGAGGUCGUUUGAGCUAGUUGCAUGCAAAUGAUUCAUGUUUUGCUAGUUGCAUACAAAGGAUUCAUGUUUUUUUCAACCUUCGAAUGAGCUUUUGGAGCUGGUUUGUAGAAAUUAGAGCUUUGAACACAGUCACUUAGGUUCAAAUCUCUCUAACACUACGGUUCCUGAGGAUCAACGAGGCCAUUUGAGUUCUCUUACUGCAGUGAAUUAAAAGGAUUCCAGUCCUAGUCGAACUUUCCUGGCUUAUGUUUCUGAAAAUCCUACUGAAAAUCCUAAAAUGCAUAAAAAGGCUAGGUUUUCGGCUGUUAACGAGCUUUCUGAGCAUAUUUUCUGAGACUAUCAAGAGAUAUUCAUCCUUCUCUGCUCGUAAAACCAGCACUCAGGUCUUACAUAUUGAUCGCCUCAUCUGGUUGAGGACACCUGGGACAUCUAAUUCCUCGGUAAACAGAGAACUUUAGCAUCUGAGAAUACUUCCUCAAAUCGUGAAAGUUUUUGGCCUUAGGUCUGUGGAAAAGAGAUUAUUUUUUGUCAAAGAAGUUUUCUUGGUAUUUUUCUCGGGUUGGAAGCUCGUGCUUAGUGAGAAUUUGAGAAAAGGUGAAAGGAAGGGAUUUAUGUGAUUUUGUGGUCAAAUCUGCUCACAUUUGUUCAGCCCUGUCGAAUGUGGUAUUGGAGUUAAAAGAUUUACCUUUUGAUAGGAGUUUUGGCUCGAUCUAUUUGACUGUUACUCUUGUUCUCAUUGAGCUUGCCUCCGCUUAUAUAGAUUAAUCUGGUUAAUUCACUUUGCUGUUGAAAGGAAUUUGAGCAGAGUGUAUUGGGUGUAGUCGAUAUAUUCAAGCUCGUUACCUGGGUUAAAUCUUAAGAAAAAGGGUUUUUCGUGCAAAGGGUUUUGCGAUGAAGCAGAGUUUCCAUAAUGUACCUUCAAAUACCUCUGGAAACAUGAGGUGAUUUAGAAGAAGCUUUUGAGGUAGCUGUAAAGCUUCUUCAAGAAAGAACUUCGACAACUUUGUUAGAAAUCUGAGACGUGAACUUUGAAGUUCCAAAAGUCCAAAGAAAGUGACCAUUAAAUGAGCUUCUGAUAACUGUAAGGGUUUCAUUUAUUAGAGAAGCUCUUUCUGUCAUUUAAUGGCAGUAGCUGUACAUAAAGAUAGUAGCAAGCACAUGGACUCCAGCAAAUAUGUUCGAUACACAGCUGAACAGGUUGAGGCUUUAGAACGAGUGUACAAUGAGUGCCCUAAGCCGAGUUCUCUUCGUCGCCAGCAACUUAUCAGAGAAUGCCCAAUACUAUGCAAUAUUGAGCCUAAGCAGAUCAAAGUCUGGUUUCAAAAUCGGAGGUGUCGAGAGAAGCAGAGAAAAGAAGCGUCUCGACUCCAAACUGUUAAUAGAAAGCUCACAGCAAUGAAUAAGCUGUUAAUGGAAGAGAAUGAUCGCUUGCAGAAGCAGGUUGCACAACUUGUUUACGAGAAUGGCUAUAUGCGACAGCAGCUGCAAAAUGUAUCUGUAGCCACGACUGAUACAAGCUGUGAGUCUGUUGUUACGAGCGGUCCGCAACAACAAAACCCCACACCUCAGCGUCCUCCACGGGAUGCAAAUAACCCCGCUGGACUCCUGUCAAUUGCAGAGGAGACCUUGGCAGAGUUCCUCUCCAAAGCCACAGGAACUGCUGUUGAUUGGGUCCAGAUGCCUGGGAUGAAGCCUGGUCCGGAUUCGAUAGGAAUUGUUGCCAUUUCGCAUAGUUGCAGUGGAGUGGCCGCAAGAGCCUGUGGUCUCGUAAGUUUGGAACCUACAAAGGUUGUGGAGAUCCUUAAAGAUCGUAUGUCAUGGUUUCGGGACUGCCGUAAUUUUGACAUAUUGACUGUGCUUCCGUUGGGUAGUGGAGGGACAAUUGAACUGAUAUAUAUGCAGACUUAUGCCCCAACUACCUUAGCACCUGCACGCGACUUUUGGACUUUGAGAUAUACUUGUGGUUUAGAGGACGGAAGUCUCGUGGUCUGUGAGAGAUCUCUGACAAGUUCUAAUGGGAGUCCACAUGGGCAGCCUGUGCCAAAUUUUGUGAGGGCCGAGAUGCUCCCUAGUGGUUAUUUGAUCCGGCCUUGUGAAGGUGGAGGAUCAAUAAUUCACAUUGUUGACCAUCUCAAUUUAGAGGCCUGGAGUGUGCCUGAGGUGCUACGACCAUUGUACGAAUCAUCCAAGGUCUUAGCUCAGAAAAUGACAAUUGCUGCUCUGCGUCAUAUCCGGCAAAUUGCUCAAGAGAUGAGUGGUGAGGUAGUCUUUGGCUGGGGUAGGCAACCCGCCGUUCUCCGUACAUUUAGCCAGAGAUUGAGCAGGGGUUUCAAUGAUGCAGUCAACGGCUUUGCGGAUGAUGGAUGGUCCUUAAUGAGCAGUGAUGGUGUGGAAGAUGUUAGUGUUGUCAUAAACACAUCCCCAAACAAGCAUGUAGGUAUGAGUGGAGGCAUCCUCUGUGCUAAGUCAUCGAUGCUACUUCAGAAUGUUCCACCUGCAUUACUCAUUCGAUUCCUUCGGGAACACCGAUCGGAAUGGGCUGAUAGCAACAUCGACGCCUACUGUGCUGCAUCCCUCAAGGCCAACCCUUUUGCCAUUCCAGGGUCGGGUCCCUCACGUUUCACGGGGAGCCAGAUCAUUCUGCCACUUGCUCACACUGUGGAAAAUGAAGAGUUCGUUGAAGUAAUUCGACUUGAAGGCCAUGGUUUUCCCCAAGAAGAAGCAGUUGUGUGUCGGGAUCUAUAUCUGUUGCAGCUUUGCAGUGGGGUGGACGAGAAUGCAGUGGGGGCCAUUUCCCAGCUUGUCUUUGCACCGAUUGACGACUCAUUUGCUGAUGAUGCUCCAUUGCUGCCAUCUGGUUUCCGCGUGAUACCACUUGACUCAAAAACGAACCCACAAGACAAUACAGCUGCUGCGAUCCGAACCCUUGACCUCACAUCGUCUCUCGACAUAGGCUCAGCUACCAACCGAGCCUCAGGUGAUGGAGGCGGCCCAAACUCCUGUAAUAAUCUUCGAUCUGUGCUCACAAUUGCCUUUCAAUUUACUUUUGAGCCUCACAUGCGCGACAAUGUGGUGGCCAUGGCCCGACAAUAUGUGCGUGGGGUGGUUGGUUCUGUUCAAAGGGUUGCGAUGGCGAUUUCUCCCUCUAGGCUUGGUGCACAAAUGGGGCCCAGGUUGCCCCCUGGUUCACCUGAGGCUGUCACGCUAACACGAUGGAUCACUCACAGCUAUAGGUUCCAUUUGGGAGUAGAUUUGCUGAGGGCUGACUGCCAUGCCGGGGACUCUGUAAUGAAGUUGCUCUGGCACUACUCAGAUGCAAUUAUGUGCUGCUCUUUGAAGGCUUUGCCAGUCUUCACGUUCGCAAACCAGGCAGGGCUAGACAUGCUUGAGACUACCCUAGUGGCGCUACAAGACAUUAGCUUGGACAAAAUUCUCGACGAAGGAGGGCGCAAAUCCUUGUGCUCGGACUUCACAAAGAUAAUGCAGCAGGGAUAUACGUACUUGCCGGCUGGUAUAUGCGUUUCAAGUAUGGGUCGUCCAGUCUCUUAUGAUCAAGCCAUUGCAUGGAAGGUUCUUACUGAGGAAGAAGCCACCCAUUGCCUUGCUUUCAUGUUCAUCAACUGGUCCUUCGUUUGAUCUCUCUCCCCCGCUCCCGCCCCCGCCCCCGCCCCCCACAGGUUUUUAGAUACCAUAACCGCACACGCUCUCUCUCUUUAUUUUAGAUUUCACUAGUGCACCACACUUUUAUGGGUUUUCGUCUCUCUUUUCCCCGUUUUUCUUUUCUUUUGUUUUGAUUUAGACAGAAGGAAGUGGGAACUAAAUUAUAGAUGGAUGUAUUAUGACACCAAUAUAUAAAGAUAUAAAAAUGACUGUUGUGGGUAGGAAAUGAAGGUUGCCUAGGCCUUGGCUGCAUU